AUGAAAUGGAUGGACGGUGCAACAGAAGGAACUGUCGUUGCUGGUAGUCAGGGAGCAGGAAAUGGUUUUACACAAUUGCGAAGUCCUGAAGGAGUCGUUGUCGAUCAAUUAGGCACUGUCUAUGUGGUUGAUUCAGAAAAUGGUCGAAUCAUGCGUUGGCCUAAAGGAGCUACGCAAGGAAGCGUCAUUGUUGGUGGAAACGGUUACGGAGAACAAUCGAAUCAACUCAGUGUGCUCCAAGGUUUACCAUUCGAUCGACACGGCAAUCUUUAUGUCGUCGAUUGGGGAAAUCCUCGAGUAAGGUGCAACUAAUUCGAAAUUUGAGCACUCUUCAUUUUUUCUUUAGACAUACAUUUCUAGAUUCAAUUUUUAAUGCUGAUUACGAAUAUUUUCUUAUUUUUUCGAUUUGACAAAGUUU